AUGCCCACCUCGACGCUACGCUCUCAGCUGGACAAGGACGGAUUCGUAGUUCUAAGGUCGAUCCUCAGCGCGGAACAGGUCUCGCAGCAGCGCGCCGCCGCAGAACGCACGAGGGAGCUCGCGCUCCAGGGGUCCUGGCCACACGUGCGCACGGUCGGGAAGCAGUUCCCGCCGUGGCCAUGGAGUCCUGGGGUCGGGAUCUGGGGGGUCCAGCACCUGCUAAACCCAGGAUUACCCGACGCUCCAACUUUCACCGCGAGCUACUUUGGCGACGAGGUUCUAGGCGUAGCCAAGGAGCUACUUGGCCCAUGCUCAGACGACGAGCUAGUCAUGGAGCUGUACAAUCUGCUCGUGCGGCCCUCAGACGGCACGGACUACGAGUUACGCUGGCACCGCGACGAUAUUCCCGCUGAGGCCAGUGCCCAGGAGGAAAUCAAUCGCCUGAGGGAGCCCGCUUGGCAUGCUCAGUGGAAUCUGGCGCUGUGCGAUGGCGACGAGAGUUUGAUUGUGGUGCCUGGGUCGCACGCACGGGCUAGGACCGAGCGAGAGCGUGCUGCGGGUCCUUUUGAGCCGGAUAUGCCGGAGCAAUUAGUCGUGAAGCUUGAUGCCGGUGAUGUCGUGUUUUAUAAUAAUAAUAUACUGCAUCGAGGACGGUAUGAUGGUAGUCGCGAGCGCUUGAGUCUGCAUGGGUCUGUUGGACAUAUUGCUGGGGGUAAAUUGAGGGCUAGGAAUGUGUUGCAGCAUGCUGUUGGUAGCUGGGUAGAUAAAUGUGACUUUAGCAAUCUGAACGAGAAGCAAAAGGCGAGGGCAGAGGGAAUGCGAGCACGAUUGGUCAAAUUAGGAAGCGAAAGCGGCGAUGUGGGAUAUUCCCUAGAUGGAUGA